AUGGUCUCUAUCCUGGUACAACUGCUGCGUGAUUCUCGUAGGGUGAAUACUCAUUCUUUUUGGGAGCAAGAUGGCUCUGUGAUAUUCAGAGGAACGUUGGCCACAUAUUCUUGCCGAGCACGUGAAUAUCACGUCCUUGUUAGACACGUGGAUGAGAUGUCCUCGAUGGGCAUCGAGUUCGCUCUUUCAUUCGAACCAGAACCGCUCUUACCGGAACUCGGGCACAGUCACGGAGUACACCACCGCACACGCAGCCCCAAAACAGGAACUGAGAUGCUAGGAAGAGUAAGGAAGGUUUCUGGCCGUGGAGAACCAGUUGCAGCAAACUACGCAUUUGGUCCUUCAGAAGAUGAUGUAAUCAUCAAACACAGGCUUCUCACCCGUACAACAACUACUCGAGGUGAACCUCCGUUGAAGAAGCUUCAAAAGAAGUUCACCUCGUUCGUCUCCGAGGUAGAUAAGGAUGAAGAUAACUAUAAUGAUUGCGAAAAGCUUGCUAGAGCUUUUUUGCAGGAGCUUACUACAUUUGAGAUUCCUCUUUUGAAGAGUAAAGCAAUUGUUGAGGCUAAUGUUAGGGAAAAGGAUAAUUUCAAUGAGUUGAAAGAUGAAAUGAAUCGCCAGAUCUUGCAGGCGCAGGUUGAUAUUGAGGAUCAUAAGAAGCAAUUGGAGGAGAGUAAGGUUGAGAGACGACAUAAGGAGGAGUGUGAGGCUAUUAGGAAGUUGAUUGCUUUGCAGCCGCCGAGAUGUGAGACGCAGAAGGUUAUAACUGAGUUGGAGAAAGAAAUAGCGGCGUUGGAUGCCGAGAAUACUGCUGGUUCGAGAUUGUUGGAGCUUAGGAAGAAGCAGUUUUCCCUUUUGUUGCAUGUGGUGGAUGAGUUGCAGAAUACAAUAGAGGAAGACCAAAAGAGUCUAAUGGAGGAGAUGAGACUAGCAACCGAGGAGCUUAAGAAUGGGAUAGAGGACACAAGUGGGGGGUCGGAAGCAAUGGAGUUGAUCAGUAACUAA